CCUCCCUUCAUAUGAUCCAAAAUAACUCGAUAAAUCGUAAAUCGCAGUAUUAGCAAUGUCGGAGUUCAUUUGGAUAAAAAAGACUCUCUUCCUCACCACAUCGUUUCUCGCCUUGCUCUGCGGCUACGGUACCCAAGCCGACGUCAACCAGGUCACCGGCUGGUCAUGCUCCGGCCCCAAAAACGCCACCCUAGACGCCGAUUCCCAAGCCAAUCUCGACACCCUCCUCAAAUCCCUCGCCGACAAGGCUCCCAAGAACAACGGUUUCUCACAAACCCACGCCGGAAAAGGUGGCAAGAGGCUGUACGGCCUCGCACAGUGCCGCGGCGACGUGUCGGCGGCGGACUGCCGGCACUGCCUGCGGAACGCCACGUGGACUUCAUCCGCCCAGUGCGGCGCACGACGCGAAGGGAUCGUGUGGCUCCGGUGGUGCCUGUUGCGUUACUCCGACGCAAUCUUCUUCGGCACGUGGGACAGGGCCGGGAUCGCGAAGGUGAACCAAACGACGCCGUUGGAGGACCCGAACGUGGUCCCCAGCGGGGUCGACCUGAUGAACGGGCUGGUGGGGACCGCACCGCGACACGUGUCGAUGUUCGAUACGAACGCGGUCGGCGUGGGCCCGCUCGAGAGGCGAUUCGGGAUGGCGCAAUGCACGAGGGACGUGGAUCCCGCGGGUUGCAGGGAGUGCCUCGUGGCUCAGCUGGAGACGUUUCGGGCGAGGAUCGGGAACAGAAGAGGGUGGGAGAUUUACGGAUCGAGCUGCAGCUUGUGGUAUCAUGAUUACCGGUUUUAUUUCGAUUCCGUUACUGCUAAUCAAGGUGGGAGGAGGUACUCAGCGAAUUGGUUUAGAACGGCGGUGAUUGUAAUGGCCUUUUUGUUGCAUUGUUAUAUAAAUAAUUAAUGAAGAUAGAGUGCAUCUACUUCCAUUGUCGUCCAGCGGUUAGGAUAUCUGGCUUUCACCCAGGAGACCCGGGUUCGAUUCCCGGCAAUGGAACAAAAUCCUUUUAAACGCCGUUUAUUGGACUUGGGCUUUUCAGCUUAGGCCCCCUACGCUUUGAGGUCCGAGGAAGACAGUAAUGGGCUUUGUAAAGCCCGUCCGGAAGUGAAGGUCAUGCUUCAUCAUUUUUUGGGAACUAUUUGCUAAAGCAUAUUUCAUGAGCACUGCAUUUUGCAUAUGUUCGAUUUCCUCUUUGUACAUUCAGAUUGAGAGGUUUGCAUUUGACAUUUUCUGGUGAAAUGGAACAUUACUCUACAUAGGACUUAGGUGAGGGGAUUGUAGUUUGGGCCAACAGAUAGGUGUGGCCGUGUGGGGCCUUGUGGAUAUUGAAUGCUGUAUUUUUAGAAUUCCACGAUUUUUGGGUGAAUUUUAUGAAUAUAUAAAUC